CUCGGGCAACAGGCAGCAACCUACCACUGGGCAGGGGCCUCGGGCAACAGGCGGCAACCUACCACUGGGCAGGGGCCUCGGGCAACAGGCAGCAACCUACCACUGGGCAGGGUCCUCGGGCAACAGACGGCAAUCUACCCCUGGGCAGGGGUCUCGGGCAACAGGCGGCAACCUACCACUGGGCAGAGGCCUCGGGCAACAGACGGCAACCUACCACUGGGCAGGGGCCUCGGGCAACAGGCGGCAACCUACCACUGGGCAGGGGCCUCGGGCAACAGGCGGCAACCUACCACUGGGCAGGGACCUCGGGCAACAGGUGGCAACCUACCCCAGGGUCAUUGGGUUCAUGGGGACUCAACGGGUAGUGAUGGCUCAAGCACUCAGGGGCACCACAGGACAUGGGUGGUCAGUGCACACACAGCGGGGCAGUUUGGACACGAGUGGUCGGUGCACACUCCGGGGACAGUUCAGAACACGGGUGGUCGGUGCACACAGCAGGCACAGUUCAGGACACAGGUGGUCAGUGCGCACAACAGGGACGGUUCAGGACACGGGUGGUCGGUGCACACAGCAGGGACAGUUCAGGACACGAUGGUUGGUGCACAUAGCGGAGACAGCUCAGAACACGGGUGGUCGGUGCACACAGCGGGGACAGUUCAGAACACAGGUGGUCAGUGCACACAACAGGGACAGUUCAGGACACGGGUGGUCAGUGCACACAACAGGAACAGUUCAGGACACAGGUGGUCAGUGCGCACAACAGGGACAGUUCAGGACACGGGUGGUCGGUGCACACAGUGGGGACAGUUCAGGACACUCACGGUAAGCAGCUUGCAGACCAUCAGCGGCAGGUGGCUCCAGACAGGGAGGACCAGCGGUCAGCGUUCUAGGGACAACCAGUGAUCAGCAGACAGCAGCAGCUCCCAGGGCACUCAGCAGCAGACAGCCUCCAGGGACACACAGCCACAGACAGUGUGCAGGGUCCCUAAGCAGCAGCUUCCAGGGCACUCAGCAGCAGACAGCCUCCAGG